AUGGCUGGCUUUGGUAGAGUUACUCACCUUGCUAACUUUCCAUUUGAUAGAAAUUUGAUCACUGCAUUGGUUGAAAGAUGGAGGCCUAAGACUCAUACAUUUCGCAUGCCACUAGGAGAGUGCACAAUAACGCUUGAGGAUACAACCAUCCAGACAGGUCUUCGGGUUCAUGGGCUUCCAGUAUUUACAGCUAUCGGAUGUAAUUGGUCGCAAAUAGUUGAGGACAGUCUAGGUAUUAUACCACCACUGGAAGCUUUUGUGGGGAGUAGCUUGAAGCUUAAUUACUCUAGCAGCAGGGUGACAGUUCGUUACUUGCCAUUGCUUCAGGAUUUUGCCAUCACAAGGCAGUAUAGCUGGGGAGAAGCAGCUAUCAGUUUUUUGUACAGAGAGUUAUGCAUGGCAACAAACAUUGAUAGACUUGCCAUUGGAGGUUUGACUCCAUUGCUGAUUAUGUGGGCGUGGGAUAGGUUCCCAUGUUUGGCUCCCCCUUAUCCUCCACAUUUACAACAUGACCUUCCUUAUGGUGCCAGGUGGUUAGUAAAUGGGGUGCCUAGAAGAGGGAAGAAAGAUGUUGCAUUUUAUAGAUAUAAACUUGACCGUCUUAUGCGUGAUGAUAUCGUAUGGCAGCCUUAUAGUCAACAGUUACUUUCUACAUUGCCUCCAACUUGCUUAGAAGGGAUGAUUAUUUGGAGGUCAGUAGUGCCCCUUAUUUGCAUACAGAUUUGUGAGUGGCACCAACCAGAUUGUGUAAUGCGUCAGUUUGGGAUGGUCCAAUACAUUCCUCGAGAUCCUUAUCAACCUGAUGCAUUACAUGACAUCACACUCAGAGGUAAGACUGGAGAGAAUUGGAAUGAUAAGUUCAGAGUACAUGCGAUGGGAGAUACACAUGAGAGGACAUACUACUUGGCUACUGAUAACCAACAAUCAUUUACUUUUGAUGAGCUGCGAUCAUUAGUUGAGACUAUGUUGUCUUUACAGAGUGAACAGGCUCGGAUCUUAGAACCGUCACAAGGAGUUGACCCAUCUGUCCAAAGUGGACACUCUGAGGAGCCACAUGUUGAUCUUGGACAGCCUGAGCCUUUGCCAUGUACUGCAGAAGACUAUGUUCCCGACUUUCAUCAUUUUAUGACCUCGCCUUCGUAUGAUCUGUUACUAUUCACACCCUCCGCUCCAGGUCCAGUUACUGGGUCACUAGGAGAGCCUUCUACACUAUCCUUAGGGGAUCAAGGCAUUGAUCUAAAUGCCCAAUUUAGAGCAGUUAGAGAUCCUACCUAG